UUGGGACAAGAUGACAACGAUGGAGGUGGCCGACGACGUCAAGACGCUCGUGGAGACGACGGAGACGCUGGAGCUCGUGACGAUUGAUGGCGCCAACGACGCCAAGCUCGUGCGCGUCAAGUGCUCGGCAACGGGCCACGAGAUGCCGCCGCGCGUUGACGUCAUCACCGCGCACCUCAACUCGAAGCGCUACAAGAAGGCGACCGAGUGGUACAGCUUUGACUUUUCGCAGUACGAGCCGUACAUUGUGAGCCACCGGCGCAAGCCCAAGUGCCUCUACUGCAACGUGACGGGCCUCGUCCUCAACAAGAUCCCGUCCGAGAUCGAAAAGCACAUGAAGGGCAAGAAGUUCCUCCGCCUCAAGGAAGAGGUCAAGUUCUUGGACGACGCCGAGGCCGACAAGGGCGAUGACGACUUUGACGCCAACAAGUUUGAGUUUUUCAACCGCCAAAUCGUCGACUCGGACGCGGACGACGACGACGACGAGGGCGCGUCGAAGAAGCGCAAGGCCGCAGACGAAGGCAUUGGCGAAGAGUUUUACGAAGGUCUGCCGCCCGUCAGCGAUGACGAAGAAGAAGAUGAUGAGGAUGAGGACGAAGUUGAAGACGCCAAGGCCAAGAAGCCGUCGGCCAAGGCCAAUGCAUCGCCUGCCAAGGGCUUCCAGAAGGUCACGACCAAGCCUGCGCCCAAGAAGGCGGCCCCUGCCAAGCGCCCGAAGAAGUCGACGUAAAUAUAAAAACAAACUACAAAUAAGAACUGAGCUCGCCACUUGCAC